CUCUCUCUCUCUCUCUCAGGGGCGUGGUAUCAAGCAGCUCAUUAUGAUUAGUGUUACACAGCGGUGACACACUUUUGAAACAACUGACUGCUCACAACAGCUCUCCAGUCUUUAACCAAGAUGCAGAGGUGGGUUGUGAUCAGCUGUUCCCUCCUGGCCCUGGUCAGUGCAGACGUGUGUCCAGAUGGAGGGAGAUGUAAAGAGGGUCAAACCUGCUGCAACGACCCGGCCGAUGGUUAUGAAUGCUGCCCUUUCGAUCAGGCUGAAUGCUGUGAGGAUCACGAGCACUGCUGUCCUGCAGAAACACUCUGUGAUACGGCAACAUCCAGCUGUGUGAACAGCACUGUGUCCAUCCCGUGGGCGCAGAGAGCUUCUGCCAGCAGACCCAGUCUCUCUAAAUCCUUCAGGAUGAUUAAAUCAUACAUCGGGGAAGAAGACGAUAACAUCUGUCCUGAUCAGUCGCGAUGCCCAGCUGAGUUUUCUUGCCUGAGGGCUUUGACGAGGUUUGGCUGCUGUCCCUUAGCUCAGGGAGUCCCCUGCACUGAUGGGAAACACUGCUGUCCAGAGGGCCACCAGUGCAGCUUAGACGGACGCUCCUGCAUGAAGAAAGACCUCAGUACAGUUCUAUGCGGUGACGGAAAGCAGGAGUGUCCAGAUGGAACAACGUGCUGUGAAUCCUCAGAGGGAGUGUGGGGAUGCUGUCUCCUUCCAAAGGCUGUGUGCUGCGCUGAUCAGAUCCACUGCUGUCCUGAGGGGACCACAUGUGACACCCAGAACUUUAAAUGUGUUUCACUUUUAACCAAAAAAGUCGCACCUAUGUGGGCCAAAUUCCCAGCCAGGAUCAGAGCAGAGUGGGAGAACCAGAAAGACGGUGAACAAGUGACAGCAAAGACAGUUUCAGAAAAAACCCCUGAAGUCACCACAACGGGGACAGUUCCUCCUACAGGGCAGGAAGCAUCGCUCUGGACUGUUGCAAAGAUAACUGCAGGCAAUGACGUACCCUGCAACUCCACAGCAGCCUGUCCAGAUGGAACCACAUGCUGUAAGACCGCAGAAGGCGGCUGGGCUUGCUGUCCUCUCCCUGAGGCUGUUUGUUGUGCAGAUUUCAUUCACUGCUGCCCGAAAGGUAAGAAGUGUAACCUGGCAGCUGAGACCUGCGAUGACGAGACGUGCUCCGUGCCGCUGGUGAAGAAGGUUCCCACCAUCCCCUGGCAGGGUUCUCUGGUGGGAGACGUUGUGUGUGACGCCACUCAUAAAUGUCCUGAUGAAACCACCUGCUGCAAGAACGCAGCGGGAGACUGGGCCUGCUGUCCUCUACCUAAGGCGGUCUGCUGUAACGAC